AAUCUGCUGAAAGCUUGUAGUCUCCCCAACGUAUCCUAAUAUGUGGCAACACUGACCAUAUCGUCGCAACGCCACAUCCAUUGUUUGCCUUUGUUAGGAACAUAGGAACACAAGCGUUUGCCUUUCUUGUGAAUGUGAAUCAGUGCCGCGCGCGGAGUCUGGACUGCGAAGUGUAUAGUACUACAUUUGAUGAACUAAGGAUGAUCAACUUGACUCAAAAUGUCCGGUGGCAGAUGCCGAUCCCAAAGGAUUAGAGUUCUUGAGGCUUCCCCGGCUGUAUAUUGUUCGAAAUCGCUCAGACGUCUGACCCUUCGGGGUCAUUUCUUGUCCAGCCGCGGAUCAGACCAUUACAGGGAUAUUCAGAGGUCCUAGGUAGACCUGUCGACAGCUUUGACUUCCACUCAUCGUGAACACUUCUACCUUCGCCUUCUAUUCUUCGUUCUUCGCAUGGGGAAAAAAAUACCUCACUUUACCCGUGGCUUUAUACGGCGCUUCGAAGACCAUCGAUGAAAGAUCCAACACAAUUAUAAUGAUGCCCACCAUACCAAUGCUCCUCGCGGUGUUUCUUUACAGCAAGCAAUCUUGAUUGAAGAAAUGCGGCGCAGGUAUUGCAUGUAUCUUCGGAUCGAUGCUGAAGUGUGCGUACAGGAUAUUGUUACCAACAUUUCAUUCGAGCUGACGGUUCGUGGUCCUGCCCACGUGCAGGAAUACUCAAGGAUGGUUUUCUCCAUCCUACGACUUCCAAAAGUUCUGUGGAGGUCAUAUUUAAACAUUCUCUCUAUUCCGUGCCCCAAGAUAGUACAUUUGCUUCGCGGGCUAAUAAGCAAGAGGCACCCCCGCCAACCUCUCCAGGCUGCAAUAUGGAUGUCCAAUAACUGUCAACUGGAUUCUGGCCCUCCCUUCUUAAUUCCAUGUCAGCUUCCAUAGCGGCGUCGACACCAAUCGACGAGUCUGGAGUAACAUCACACGUCGGUGCUUGUUAAUAUACUGUGAUGACUGCGAGGGUCGACGUAGAACAAUUCACGAACAGGCACUUGGUAUACAUUCUGUGUAUGUGUAGUCCCAGGUGCACAAUACCAUGGCAGCUUCCAUAACAGUAACAGUGUCAAUACCAGGCCGAUCUCGAGCAGCCUCACAUGUCAGUGCUUGUUAAUAUACUGUGAUAACUGC